AUCGGGUUUCUUACUUAUUUGAAUGCCAACCGACUAGUUUUUGGAUUUUUUUUGUUGUGAAAAUCAUGUCUUCAAUUUCUAAUGAACUUUCUGUUACGUCUUCUCAAAAUGUCAUUUCCAAUUCGAAAGAGCAAAGAAAAAAGAAAAUCUUGUUCAAAUGUGCAUUAACCAAUACAAUCUCGGACGUUCUGACAAAUCGAGAGGGAUGGGCGCAAACACAAGGAGAUGACUGGCAAUUCUUUUGGGUGACUCGGGAAUGGAUGACAACUUGCUACGACAAACACAAAUUCAGUGAAAAGCAAAUGAUAUGCCACUUCCGCAAUGAUUUUGAAUUGACACGAAAGGAUUUUCUCAUCAAAAACUACAAAAAAGCAAGAAAGGCAAAAGAAAAGUCCGGAAUUGACGUGGUUUCAGAAUUCAACUUUCUCCCGUCAAGUUAUGUUUUACCCACUGAAUAUCACCUUUUUGUUGAAGAAUUUCGAAAGUAUCCAAACGAUACAAUAUGGAUUAUGAAGCCCGUCGCUGGAGCGCAAGGAAAAGGAAUUUUCUUGUUCCGAAAACUGAAACAUGUGCAAGAAUGGAAAAAGAAAGAUAGUUCUGGAUCAGAAGCUCUUCCUUAUGUUGUACAAUGCUACGUGCACAACCCCUACUUGGUUGGAGGGAAAAAGUUCGAUGUCAGAAUCUAUGUGCUGGUUACGUCAUUUAGACCUCUGAAUGCAUGGGUUCAUCGAGAAGGUUUUGCUAGAUUUUCUCAUUCAAGAUAUUCAACAGACAGUGUAGACGACGCAUUUGUUCACUUGACAAAUGUUGCCGUUGCUAAAACAGCGGCCGACUACGACCCAGAAAGAGGGCUCAAAUGGAGUUUACCAAAACUAUUCCGAUUUUUCAAAAGUGUUCAUGGACAGUCAAAACUGUCAAAAACAAUGAAUGAUCUGACCAAUGUUAUAAUUGAAAGUUUGAAAAGUGUUCAAAAUCUUAUCAUACAAGAUAACCACUGUUUCGAGCUGUAUGGCUAUGAUAUUUUAUUUGACGAAAACUUGAAGCCAUGGCUGUUGGAGGUCAAUGCUAGUCCUUCGCUUACCGCAUCAUCACAAGAGGAUUUUGAGCUCAAAUAUCGCAUUUUAAAUCACAUGAUUGAUGUGCUAGAUAUUGAAAAAAAGUUAAUUGGAAACGAAAACGAAGUUGGCGGUUUCGAUUUACUAAUAAAAAACAGUAAGCCUGUGGAGUUAUGCAAAGUUGACUUUCAUACACAACCGUUUUUUGGAACACAGUUUAACUUGAGACUGGGUGACUACGUUGAAGCGACUCCGAUGCCGUAA